UUGUUAGAUUAGCAGUGUUGCUGCUGCGACCAAAUCGUUGUGCCGAACUCCACGCCAUCGCCACGAAAUUUGCUACACACGCACUGAGCCCUGAUCUACACCGACCAUUCUCUUGACAAAGUAGAAACAUAUAGCUAUGCUUAGGGGUUUGGGCCAGCGCCAGCGGGCAAGCGGGCGCCAGGGCCGGCAGCAGUCGGCAUGCCCUAGCGUCUCCGGCGUGAGCCGGAAGCAGCUGGUGGUGCAUGCGCGUGCAUCACGCUAUGACAGGCGGAAGCCACCUCCACCGGACCUGCCGUCGCUGCUUUUCGACCAGCGCAUCGUGUACCUGGGAAUGCCGCUUGUGCCGGCCGUGACGGAGCUCAUGGUGGCUGAGCUUCUGUAUCUCGAGAAGCAGGGCGCGACACUGCCGAUCGAGAUGCUGAUCAACUCGUCGGGAACCACGCGUCAGGAUGGCGAAAUUCUCUCGUUCGACAGUGAGGGUGUGGCCCUGACCUCGACCAUGGGCUUCAUCAAGAACCCGAUCUCCACUGUAAACAUGGGCCUGGCUGUGGGCUGGUCGUGUGUGGUGCUGUCAUUCGGGCGCAAGGGCUGGCGGAAAAGCCUGCCACACUCGCUAGCCAUGAUCCAGCAGCCUCGCGUGCCGCCCACGGGCCAGCGCCAGGCCAUUGAGGUGCACAUCAAGUGGCGCGAGGUGCUGGACUACAAGCGCGAGCUGCUGCGCAUGUUCAGCCUGGGCACUGGCCUGCCCGUGGACAAGUUGGACGCGGACAUGCAACGGCCGCUGUACAUGCGGCCCCAGGACGCGCUGGAGUACGGCAUCAUUGACGAGAUCAUCGAGCCCAACGAGGACAAGGCGGAGAAGGCCGCGCAGUACUGGAUCCGCAGCGGGCGAGCUGAGAGCGAGGGCCGGCUGGAGCAGUGGCAGGAGUAUCUGUCCCUGCAGGAGGAGUACGCGCUGAAGGACAGCUUCCGGAAGGUCAUGACGCAGGACCUGCGCGCCGCCUACCGCGACACCUCCUCCAAGCUGCUCAAGAACUCCAGCCGCAACAUGGAGCAGGUGCAGGAGUUCAAGGAGCGCCUGCCCGAUGACAUGCUGACCGAGAACGACGAGGUGCGGCUGCCGUUCAGCCGCGACGGCGUGAAGCUGGCCAUCCUGAACGCCGAGUGCUACGCCGAGCGCAACAUCGCGCGCCAGGUGGCGGCCAACAAGGUGUCGGUGCCGGACAAGUGGCGGGCCGCGUACGCCGCCCGCCCCGCGCCCGCCGCCCCCGCCGCCGAGGUGGACUACGACGCCCUCAUCCGCGCGGUGGAGGCCAUGGACGAGAAGGCCUUCGCCACCACCGACCUGGACACGCUGGUGGAGCAGUACCGGGUACCUGCGUGAGGCAGUGGCACGGCAGCGGCGUUGAGGGGAAGGGGAGGAGGAGGGGGAGGGGGAGGGGCCAGCGCCUCGGCAGGAGACACGGCGUGGGCUGCGGCGGCGUGGGCCGUGCCGCCACUGGCCUGCCAGCGCCGCCCAUGUAUGUGUAUGUAGAUGCUUGGAUGCCGGCCAUGCGUGUGUGCUGCGCAGUGGGCGCAGCCGAUGGGUUGACGGUUGUGGGGCAGCGCGAGAGGGUUGAGGGCCGUGUGAUGAUGGGCGGCAAGUGGGGUGCUAGGUAGCGGGGUUCAGCGGGUAGCGGUCACUGGCGAGCGUGUAAAGCAUGUGUGAGCGCUGGACGUCGAAACGCAUGGGGCAAUCGGUGCGAGGCUCUCUGCGUGCGUGGGCGGUCUGCGGAUGUGGGUGAGCCGGGCAUGCUAGGGAAAGGGCAUGUGCUAGGCAGCCCAGCAUGCGAGCCUGAAGAUGGGUGCUGUCAGCGGGUGUCGGCAGGGCUCACGGGUAUGGUACGGUGCUGCGUGGGGCCAUUGCUGUGUCGUGAGGGGAGCCGCACCUACUGGCUACUGCUCAGCGGCCACAUCCAUACUGCCGUGUACUGCACGGCGCCCCUGUAACUGGUCUAGUCU